AUGAUCAAGCUUCGAAAGCUCCGAACGAUCUUCAGCGACUCGGCAAUCCCGAUAACAGAGACCGAAGGAUUAAUGGACCUGCAGCAGGCGGUUCGAGUCGAUCGAGUUUUGAUCAAGGCUAUGGAGGAGGAAUGCCGAGUACUAUGUCUUCCGCUAUGAACCCUGCCAUGGCAUUCAGUAUGCCAAAUGGUCAGAAUGGUCAUUCUUACAGUCAGAGCUACGAUUUUGCUUCUCAAGGCAACACUGCUAACUUGCAUGCGCAGUCGAUGGAGGGAAUGUCAACUGUUUCUAACGGACGACCUCCGAUGCCUGUCUAUGCAGGAGCGAACGCCAGCCAACAUCCGAUACUCGACUGGCCUCACAUGCAAUCGAACGGUCAAAACAACUUCAUGACUCCCUACAACAACUCGAACCUCACGAACCAACAAAUGCAGAUUAAACAAGAACCUUACAACUCGAAUCUCGCGAACUCACAAAUACAAAUAAAACAAGAACCUUCUAACCACGGGUUAUUCACUGGUGUUGUCUACCCAGGUGCUUCCGAUAUCCCAAGCUCUGAUUUCUCCAAUUGGAACAUCCCAGCUCCAAACGACCCACUCCAGCAAAUUUCAAGCCAAUUGCUAAAUUUUUGCCUUAACGCACAUUCACAACUCAAUGCUCGCAGUCAAGAGAUUAGGAAAUUUCUUUCCGCAGAUAACAUUAAGCACUUCCUUGAACAGUUCAGCAAUUUCCAAGGGCACUUCCCCAUUAUUCACAUGCCAACGUUCCGUAUCACAGAUUCCUAUGAAGGCCUUCUACUAGGUAUGAUCUGCGUUGGCGCGGUUUAUUCUGAUCGCAUGAACCCAGCUCAGGUCCGCGAGAUGAUGGAAGUUAUGAAGAUGGUAAUAGAAUCCAAUUCUCAAGUCUAUUCGAUCAUUUCCCGCGGACCAAGUGGUGAUUAUCCCAACGAGUCAAUUGGCUCUUCCAAGUUUGAAAUUGAGCAAAUCGCAGCUAUAUUUAUGAUGCAAGUUCUUUUCACAUGGCAUGGUACACCACUUCAGCGCGAGAAAGCCCGGCGUGACUUCCCAAUGGUUGUCUCUCUGGCCAGAAGGGCUGGUCUCACACAACCAAUGACCACGAGCCCUUUUAGCGUUCUGCACCAAGCCCAUGUAAAUGUUGAUGCUUUCGUUGCCGCAAACUUCGAUUGGAAUGCUUGGGUUGAGCAGGAAAAAAAAUCUAGGCUACUGUACAUGAUCUUUUUAUUGGAUUCUGCUUUGGUCAUAUUCUUCAACAUUGCGCCUUCUUUUGAUGCACUUGAGAUUCGACUUCCUCUUCCUGCUGACGACGCUGCGUGGGAGGCUCGCUCUUCUGCGGAGUGCGCGGAUGCUCUCGGUCUCAAUGGUGCCGCGGUCUCAGCCCAAAAGAACCCUGAAGGCAACCGACGACGCAAGCAGCCUGAGAUGCACACCGUACUGAAGACUCUGAUGCAUCAUACUUAUGACAUGCAGCCCGGAACCACGAACUUGUUCUCCAAGUUCGUUCUGGUUCAUGCUCUUCAUGUGCAAUUGUGGACUGCUCAGAAACAGGUGUCACAAGAAUCUGGGCAAAUCGCUGCAUCCUUGAACAGUGGAACAAAUACACCACUAAGUCAAAAUGACUGGGUUAUCAGGAGUGGGGACCAAAACGGUAGUGGAGCGCCAAGCGCAAAUAACAGUGGGCGGGCAACUCCUGUCGAUGGCCAAUCUCUACUUUCUCACCAGCUUCUCAAAUCUGUCACGACAGCCUUCGAAAAGUGGAAGAAAGCGUGGGAUGAGGAUAUCAGCGUCCAAUACCCCCCAGGAGCUUCCUAUUCCCGCCGCUUCGGGUUCUGUCGUGAUGGCGCACAUUUUUACUGGCUUCAGAAGUGUAUGCUAUCUCAAAAGCUCGACUGGCAAAUGCCUUCGGAUCAAAGAUUCACACAUGUGAUUCAAUUGCUCAAAUUUUCUAAGCGAUGGGCCUCCACCGAUACAUCAAAGCGAGGAGAGGAGCCUGGAUCGGUCAGUGACAUUGACAAAGACUUUGGAGUAUCGAACUUGACACUAGACAUGGCGCAAUUGUUUAGACCAGUAAACGCAAAGAUUGAUUCCCCUGUACAGGGCGUACAUACCAACAUCUAGCGGAAUCAUAUGAAUUAUACGUUUGGGUGGGGAUAGCUUAUAGAUGGUUUUCAUUGCAUUGCACGGGCGUUGUUGCAUUUUCCUUUAAUUCAUUUUGCUCUAUCUGACAGCGUCGAGACCUACAGAGUAUAUUCGGUUUAAGAAAAGUUUGCGUGGGUUUUUUAUACAUUAGCAUUGCAUUUGGCGGCGAAGGGAUGAGUUGUGAUUAGAGGCCUCAGCACCUAACGUGUGCUUGGGAUUUCAUUUUGUUCGCAUUCGUUGUCCCCGCUCACCAGGACGAUGUCACAUUUCCUUCUGAGUUCGGAAGCGGGGAAGUAAAGGAAAAAAAACUUAUAGAGGGAUACCAGCUUUUUUAAGCGUUGCAUUAGAUGGCUUUGCUUUUUUCGAUUGGUACCUUGUUUAUAGAGGCGUCGUUGCGAUGGGUUGUUGGGGAGGAAGAUGGAAUGUCCUUUGACCGGGAUUAUGAAAAGCAUUGAGGCGACUUAGGUGGAGGAAAGAGGAUCGGCAUUUGCUCACGCAAAAACACAAAAGCAUGAAAAUUACUUAAAAAUCUACACACCAAAAUCUUACAUUUGGUAGUGCAAUCUCUUGCAGCUUAAUGUUGGACGAGGUAGUUAGCCGGGCAGGAAAGGAAGCGUAAAUAGAGGGUCUGUACUUUUACAUACUUCUCUGUUUCUCUUAACUUUCUUUUCCGAGGGGGGGUUGCUUUGCUCUUUUCAGGUGUUCAUUCUUUUCACGUUGCGUUACAUAGCUCAGGUCGAAAUUUGGGGCGGGGUGGGAUACAUGGGAUAAAAUGAUUGAUUGGUACUCGACAUGACUUUC